AGAAGCAAGCGCAUCAAUCUUUAGCUGCUGAAGCUAGCAGGCUAACGACCGGUAUGGAGUACCCCGACAGGAGCGUUAUUUUCAACCCCUACUCUUCGUGCUUUAAAAACAGGACAUUACCGAAUGUGUGAGUCUUUACAGAAGCGCUUUGGACAUUGGCUUUAAGUGGAUUUGUGGAGUUCGACAAGCGUUGUGAACCAAGCCGCCAGGAAGUUCGCUGGCAUUUGAAGCCGAUUUUUAUGAAUGGCCGUAGUGGUCAAACGGUGGUACUACAGCUUAUGUGACGUAAUUUCGACCUAAACAUACUUUUCCCCAUUGACUUACAUUGGAUCAGCGAAUAUAUAGGUUUUAUUGCUCUCAACUAUCCAGCAUGAACACGUUCAAAACCCUUUUUAAAAAGUCAUUGCGGUCUUAAAGUUGCAAAAAAGAAAUCUGAAUCCAAAGUCAUUUGUUCUCUCUCCAUUCACCUGACUGAGCUGGAGUUUGGAGGCGGGGCUUAAGAGAAAACGCAAGUGCGCAUGCUCCGUGGGCCCACAUACGGGUACUGUCUGAACCUACAGUUGCUUGAUUUGGGCUUCAAUGCGCCACUGAGCAACUCUCGUAGGAAUGAACGUGAUUUCAGCCCUCGGCUUUAGAGUGCUUACAUAAAAACAAACGACUGAUCGGCGGCAGUUGGCUCUAGCAGAGAGAGGGAGAGGAGCUUUUCGGGUCUUUAGUUUACAUAUAUAUAAUGUAUUCUGGACUUUCAUUUUCUUUUUAAAUAUGUUGAAUCCCUAGCCUUUUGCCGAGUUAAUCGUAACGCCGAAUAAUCAUGGAUAUUAAGCUUCUUACAUGCUGAGCACGCAGGACUUUACCCACCGCUUCUCGACUCCGCAGAAAGACACUGCAGAAUAUAUUUGUGUAUUCUUCCAAGAAAGAGAGAAAUGUUUUGGCCGAGAGACAUGUGAAGUGACGAAUUUGUUUUAGUAAGUACGCAGUUCUUCUUCUACUCUCUGUGAUUCAGAGGCUGGUGUUUACAUGGACCCCAGCUGGAUCCAUUGGUGACGUCACGUUUGAUCAGAGGUGGAAGAAGUACUCAAGAUCUUUAAGUCAAAAAAGUAGAAAUACCAAAGUGAGGUAAUACUCUGUUACAGUUUAAAAUGUAAAAAGGUAGGAACGUAUUGGAAUCUAAAUAUACUUAAAGUACCAAAAGUAAAAGUACUAAACAUUUCAAAAUGGUUUGAUUAUAAUUAUUGAUGUGUUUAUCAAAGCUGGUAAAAGUGCAGCUUGUUUUAAUUACUUUGUAUACUGCAGGGUAGAUGUGAAUACUUAUUUGUGUGUUGAUCCUAUUGUUUAUCAUUAAUCAAAAUCUGCAAAGUAGCUUUAGAUAUUACAUACAUGUAGUGGAGUAAAAGUACAAUAUGUACCCCUGAAUUGUAGUGGAGAAGUACAAAGUAGCAUAACAUGGACAUACUCAAGUAAAGUCCAUCAGAAUUGAACUUAAGUACUGUACGUUACACCUCUUUAUUUAUUCGUGGUGGAGGUCGUCUACAUCAAUGGCUAGCCGUGAGAGUCGGGUAUCAGGGAAGCUCUCCUUCAUUUUUUAAGUAUCUCAUUCCCCACUCCACUGGAAGAUGGAGACGAGGUUCGAGCUGUUUGUCCACCCUCUCUCCAACCCGGGGGCUGCGGGGAUCUGCCCCGAAAUGCUGGAGGUGGCUGAGGAGGUGAACCGGGCUGGAGACUACAGCCUGGCCGCUGAGAUCUACUCCUCCCAGCUUGCAGACCUCCAGCAUCCAGACAGGGGUCUAUGUCUAAGGAAAGCCGACUGUCUGACCCGAGCAGGGAGGAUAUCCGAGGCUAUGGAGUCGUACUGCACAGCAGCAAGUCUGGGAAAACUGCACCCGGAGGAGCUGCCUCUUUUGGUGGAUACAAUUGCUAGGACUCUCCGGGAGAAAGAGCUGGGCCUCUCGGGCCUGGAGGAAAGCUCCAGCAGUAGUGGGAAAGAUGGGGUUGAAGGUGAUGGGGAAUAUGGAGAGGAUGAAGCACUGGAUUUGUUCUCCUGUCACCUCUGCAAGUGUCUCCUCCAUGAGCCCACAACCGUGGAGUGCGGACACACCUUCUGCAAAAUCUGCCUGGAGGAGGAGGCUAUCAAAGAGUGUGUGCAGUGCAAGGAUCAGUUUAACGACAAGAAAGAUGGACUGCCAAACGACAGGAGAUUGGACGUUGUUCUCAGUGGCCUGCUGGAUAAACUGUUUGCAACCGAGAGCAAAGCGAGGAAAUUCUGGAUCGAAGGUCAGGUUUUGUGGGGAGAUAAAAACCACUCAGAAGCUCUGGAGAAGUACAACGCAGCCGUGGAUCUAGCGCCCUCUUUAGGCAGACUGCUGUGUCAGCGUGCUGAGUUGCACAUGGAGAUGAGGAGCUUCAGUCUGGCCGUGCAGGACGCCAGCAGCCUCUGUCGGAUAAAACCUCACUGGACGAAGGCUCACUGUCUGAAAGCCACGGCGCUGAGUGAAGCGGGCCGGAACGACGAGGCCGUGCAGGAAUAUCUCAUGUGUGUGGCGCUGAAGCCCAACUGGACCAAAGUCAAACUGCAGGCGCAAAAGGUCCUCAGCGAGGUCUUCUCUUCUGUGUUUGAGAAUGGCAACAUGCCGACGCCGCUGCACCCUCUGCAGGGGUGCGUGGCAUCCCGCCUCAUUAAACCCCACGCCUUACUAAUGUCCCUGAGGCCGCAAGCACAGAAACCUGGCCCCUCCUCUCAGGACUCAGAGUUCAGGGUGACUAAAAGCUCCCCAGUGGACGACUCGUCCUCCAGACUCAAUCCUCCGUCGCCGGGUAGAUCUGAGCGCACUGCCGCGGAGGGCUGCACCAAGAGCCUGGCCGAGGUCCUGGCUGCGCUGCCGUCUCCUCCCGGUGGCGUCAAGAGGAAGCACAGCGGAGAAGGACCCACCGCCGCCUUCAACCAUCCCACCAAACUGCACAGACCCGACGAGGCGUGCAGAUCUCAGACGACCGCAGUGCGAGGAGGACGGACGUUUCCUGCUGAGCUGCUGGACAUCGGAGACAUGGAGUGCUCACUCUGCAUGAGAUUGUUCUACGAGCCGGUGGCCACUCCCUGCGGUCACACCUUCUGCCUCAAGUGUCUGGAGCGCUGCCUCGACCACAACUCCAACUGCCCUCUGUGCAAGGAGAAUCUCUCAGAGUAUUUGGCUACUAGGGGCUACAACAAGACCCUGCUGAUGGAGGAGGUGCUGCAGCGUUACCUGGGAGACGAGCUGGCUGAGAGGAAGAAAAUCCAUGAAGAGGAGAUGAAGGAGCUCUCCAACCUGAACCAGGAAGUUCCCAUCUUCGUGUGCACCAUGGCCUUCCCCACCAUCCCCUGCCCGCUGCACGUGUUCGAGCCACGUUACCGCCUCAUGAUCCGCCGCUCCAUGGAGACGGGCACCAAGCAGUUCGGCAUGUGCAUUGCUGACGAGCUCAAAGGCUUCGCCGACUACGGCUGCGUGCUGGAGGUGCGAGACGUGAAGUUCUUUCCUGACGGUCGCUCCGUGGUGGACACUAUUGGCGUGUCGCGGUUUAAAGUCCUCAGCCACGGCCAGAGAGACGGAUACAACACUGCUAAGAUAGAGUACCUGGAGGACAAAAAGGCAGAGGCGGAGGAGCUGGUGGAGCUUCUGAAGAUGCACGACGCUGUGUAUGAGCAGGCCAACAACUGGUUCACCUCCCUGAAGGACAAUAUGAAGAGCCAGAUCCUCAGCCACUUCGGACACCUCCCCGGCAAAGACCCCGACCCUCAGGCCAGUCCCAGCGGUCCGGCCUGGAGCUGGUGGCUGCUCGCUGUCCUCCCGCUGGAGAACCGAGCUCAGCUCACUAUCCUCGCCAUGACGUCUCUCAAAGAUCGCCUGGUCGCCAUCCGCAGGGUGCUCGUCUUCGUCACGCGCAGGAGGCCGCGGUGAUCAACAGGGAGGGACCACAACCACUCGGACUUGCAUUCUACAGUCGAGUCGUUUGUUAAUUGGGUCGCCCACUGACUGAUUAAUUUAUACGUUGGUUAUUUUACAGUAAUGCUCAUGAACUUGCUGCUUUCGUUGGUCCUGUUGAGAGCAUCGGGUGGGUAACGGAUUACGGAUUUUUUUGUAUGUCUGUCUGAAGCUACACCAUCUCAUCUCUCGAUUCUCUGUAGCGCACAAGCCGUCUCCCUCUUCUCAUUAAGAUGAUCUGCCUAACUCUCCGUUAUGAAGGAGUGAAAUCCUUUUUUUGUUUUCGGUGUGAGCGGGAAGGAUCAGAUUUAAGAUAUUGUUUCCGACACAUACUGAGCAGUAUUUCAGACGCUGAUGCAGAGCCGUGUAGCCCAGUCUUUCACACCGGUACAGCCCUAACAAAAACAAAGCAAGAACACUUCCCCCAAAGUGAAUGUACCGCUGUAGUAUGGU